CUUGUGGUGACGUCAGGAGAGGACGUAGGAAGGGCCCAGGACGUGGAAGUGGAGUGUGUUGGGAGACCGGGGGGAAGCGGCGGCCUGGAGUGAGAGGUGUGUGGAGGAACGGGGGGAGGCUGCUGGCACGGAUCAAGCAAUCAUAGACGAGGUGUGACCUACAUACGCCACCAUGUACUGUUUACAGUGGCUGCUUCCCGUCCUCCUGAUUCCGAAGCCACUGAACCCAGCGCUUUGGUUCAGUCACUCGAUGUUCAUGGGCUUCUACUUACUGAGCUUCUUAUUGGAGAGGAAACCAUGCACCAUCUGCGCCUUGGUCUUCCUGGGCGCCCUCUUUCUCAUUUGCUACAGCUGCUGGGGCAACUGCUUCUUGUAUCACUGCAGCGGCAGCCAGCUGCCAGACUCUGCCCAUGACCCCGCUGUGGUUGGCACCUAGAGGGACUACACCCCCACCCUGUUCCAUGGAUUGCUGCUUUUUGCCAAGGACGUGACACAGCUUGCACAAGUUUUGUUUCUUGAAGAUGAAACCGGUAUAACGGGGACACCGUGUUUUAGUAAAGAAGACGGUUUGGUGCAAUGGAUACCCUCUUUCCCUGAUACCAUGCAGCUACAAAUGGGCAUAGACAUUUUCAUUGCCAUUCCCUGGCCUUGUGGUGCCGGGGGGCUUUUAUUUGUUUGUAUUUUGGGGACUUUGCCCCUCCAUGAAAUUUUUUUUUUUAUUUUUUUUCAAAACCAUGCCUCCACAUCCUGUCUGUUCCCUGUCAUGGCUAAUGGGCACGUUUUUCUGCCACCCUUCAGACUAGGCCAAACAUUGUGCUGAUCCUCAAAUCUUUGGUAUUAAUGAGAGAGAUGAUUUGGUUAUUAUAAAUCAUAAAGAACAAGAAGACAAAUGGAGAGAUCACUGCAGUAUGUGUAAUCAAGUGAACCUCUUUGCUACAAACAAUCGAUGGUAUUUGUGGUCAAAUCUAAUAUUCAGAUGAUGCCUGCACUUACAGCUAAUUACAUUGCUAAGGCAUACUGGGUCAGACCACAAUGGUUGCUUUUGCCACUAAUGGGCAUAGUUUUAAUGCCAAGAAGACAUUCUUAAAUCUCAACGUUAAAGCGUCCUGUUUGAGCUCUUGUAUUUUUUUUUGGAAGGGAGGUAUAGUCAAACAGGCUGUGUGGACCGUAAGGUUCCCUGCCUCUGUUUCCAGAGAUUUUAUUCUUUUUGUGUUUGGAAGAAACAAAUAAAGCUUUGUUAUCAUUAUA